CCCCCAUGAUAAUACUCCAAUUUCGCUUCCAAGAUACGAACUUUCCUGUUCUUGAUAGCUUCAAAUCUCCAACCCAAUCGAUUCUCUUACGCAGAUUCCCCAUACCCAUUUCUGCAAAACCAGAGAAUUUCCUUUUCUGGGUGUUUUACUUUGGUGGAAGCAGAGUCUGAGGCUCUGCAGAGUGUUUGUGUUGCUUUUUGGGUGCUGGGGUUAUGGAUUCCUGGAGGAGACAGAGAGGGGAAAUUCAUCAUCGUCAAGAUAUGCAGGGGUCAAGAUCACAGAACAGAAAACCGCCUAUUGCUAGUUGGCAGCCAACUGUUCCCUCAUGGGAGAAGAAGUUCUGUACUUUGGUUGGUUCCAUUCCAUGGCAAAAGCUCUUGGAAACCAAAAAGUCUAUGUAUCUUUACGACAAUGUGGUCAAAUGGAAUGACUCGGCUGGUGAAGAGGCAUUCCAUAAUGCUAAAAACCGGUUUUGGGCUGAGAUUAAUAACCUCCCUUGUGAUAUAACACUGCCUGAUCCUGAUAUCUACAUUGAUGAAAUAAAUUGGAACUCCGAAAUUGACCCAGAGCUGAUUAGGGACCUGGAAAGGGAACCCAAGGUUCCAGAUGAGACAGAUAAAAAGGAGAAUGUUUUGAUUCUGGGAAGUGCUCUUCUUUCCAAUCAGUCAUUUUCUUGUACUGGAUGGGGGGAUGUAGAAGAGGAUUUAGCAAAGCACAAUGGCAUGGCUUUUGAUCAUAAAAAUGAAAACUCUGAAAAUCUUAGGGACCAUAACUAUUCACCUAGAGAAGGCAACAUUGAAGAGUCUGGAUGGGGACAACUUUGGGAUAACCCUUGUGGAUGGGACCAGAGGGACACCACUUAUGAGUCCAACAAUUUGGAUAAUAAAAAGGUCGGGGAUUGGGGAGCAAGGGACACCACUCAGAAGAAGAGAGAAGGGGGUGGUCAGAACAUGUCCAGGUAUAAGACCUCAAAGUUUCAAGGCGAUAAUCGCCAGACAGAUUGCAGAUGGAGGAAUGUAAGAGGAAGGCAGAAGGCCAGUUUUGCAUAUGAACAACAACCCGAGAAUUCAAGGCAGUGGAACUCGAUGAAUUAUUGUGGGCAAAACCAUAAUAAUGGGUUUGGCAAAGGUGGAAUCCCCUAUAGGUGGGAGAAACAACAAGUUUUGUGAGUAAAACAAUUCUCUAAGCUUAUGGAAUCCCUUGAAGGUGGAGAAACAACUUCUGUGAGUAAAAUAAUUCUCCAAGCUUAAGAAGUAUAUAAUGCUGUAGAUUGUCGAGGUCUCUCUUAUUAUUUUAUUUGUUGUUCUCCGAGCGAGCGGAUAGUAAAUAAUAGGAUGUCGCCGACCCGGAUAAGUCUGCCAUGUUCAAUUUUGUUGCAGUUUUGUAGUUUGCAUCGUUCUGGUGUCUGCAUUUGAAAUUUUGGACAUGGUUUUCAAUUCUGAGUGUAUUUCAUUAAAAAUGUUGUGGUGGGCGGAAUUGUACACACAAAAAAAUGUUUUAAACUCCACACUGUAUCGGAUUGCAAAAGACCAACUAUUGGAAGGAGGAACUUUCCUCCAUUAUCCAAUGGUUAGUGUUUUAUAGGUUAAUGUAGUGCAGAUUGUAAAACAACGGACUCUUGUACAUAUUAUAUGAUUGAAGUUAAGUUGCUUUCGGAUGCAGCCUUCCUGUGAUUCCAAAGAGCUUUAGAUGUAAUGAAGUCUUACGGAGCAAAGUCCUACUCUGUUUGAGUACUGAGGUGUAUUUUUACGCUCUACAUUCUAAUGAACUUGUAGAACGAAA